UAGCCAAUGACAAGCAAGAGCUCUCACUGUCUCUUACAUGUUUAAGCCAAACAUACUUGUCUGGUCUUGACGCUGUUGCUCUGGUUCAUUUUUUGCUAUUUAUUUAUUUGCUGGGUUGGGUUAAUGAGUUUGAUAAAAAAAUAGAAACUGAAAGAAAAGUUACUGACGAAGCGACCUGUUCGACACUCAACCUGGUGGAACUUUUUGUUUCGAAGAAAUGAUCUUCGUUUUAACUCUCGCUUUUCUCAUGGCUCUGUCCUGGGGUCUCCCAAAGGAUAUAGUAAUCCAGUUCGAGCGCAGUGUAUCGAUAAACGGGACAAUCGUGGAGAGAAUCUCUAUCAAUGGCGCUUCUGACAGCUAUUUAAAGGGGAAGAGCGCCAAGCAUCCCGUUGUAAGACCCAUUCAAGAUGACGCCCUGAGGAUAAUCAUGAAGCAUGCAAGCGCAAAUAAUGGGACCUACAUACGUUUGAGAGAAUGCACGCUACGGGGCUAUCAAGUCUGCGGACUGUCCGAUCGGGUUCAGUUGAAUGGCAAAGAUUAUCUGACGUUAGAUCCAGAGGCUGUUUCGUGGACGGUGUUGCUGCCAGAGGCGAGUGAUAUAAAGAAAAUAUGGGCGCUUGAGAUUGAGCUGGCAGGUCAUGAGAAAAGUCAUUUGAAACAGGAGUGCGAGGAGUUUUUCAAGCAGAUGAAUGAGAAUGGGAAUCAAGAGGAGCUUGGUGUUUUAAGAGUGAUUGCUCCAGUUUUUGUCACAUUACUCUUUGUUGGAUUUGUUUUUACAAGCAUUCUUAUCUUCAAGCGACAGGGUCAACACCCAGGUGGUGUUAUAGGAUCAAUUAUCCACUACCCAGCCCAUUAUCUUGAAGUUCCUAUCGCAGGACAGAGCGAAAAGAGCAGCUCUGACAUGGGGACAAAAACAAAACAGCAAGUUCUACCUGUUCCCAAAGGUCUCUUUCAGCAGAGUUGAGUGAAGUUAUAAUAAAUCACCAGACCUGCCUUACCACAUUCAUCUGGAUUUACUGGCCCUCUGUAUUCGGAGCUGCUAUAAAAAUAGCUCUAUCUUCAGGCUCUUUGUGGUUAGAUUAAACUCUUUUUUUUGAAUAUUUUCAGAAAUUAGAUCCUUGAUACAAUCUUGAAAUUAAAAUGAUUAAUUCAAAAGUGAUAUAUUGCUGGAACAAAAUUAUUUCUGUAUAUUAUUGUAAAUUACAAGUCUUUAUAAUAUUAAGAUUAUGAAUCAUAUGAAAAAUAUUAUUAUCAUGUAGAUGAACAAAUAAAUCAUGUUUUACCAAAUUGUGUGUUAACAUAUAGGUGAUAUAAUGUUUAAAUGCUAAACAUUUUCUUUUAUUAUCACAAGCUUUGAAUGUAUUGUGACGCAAAACCAUGCAAAAUAAACGUCAACGAAAUGA